UCUUGGCUGUCGCUGUCUCGCUACCGUUCGGCUGCCAAUCCCCCUUGGAUUUUCCCUGCCCCCUUGGUUACCUUCGGUGACUAUCCCGGCUAAGCUCGCCGAAAGCCGAACACCUCGAUACCAGACCUCAACUCGCGCCUGCCCAAAGCAUGAAUCAACCGUCUUCAUGCCUGCACAUCUCGUCUCUGCCUUUGAUCUCUAAUCCUGGCUCGAUGCUUGUCGUGCUGGCACUUUUGUCGAGUUGGUCCGUCACAACCAGCGCCGCCAGCUUUUCGACUUGGCGAUCGUGCACCUCGUUUUACCCAUCAGCUCAAUCCAUCGAUCACACCAACAUGGACUUUGCGAACGUCGGGGAUUGCAUCAACUCCUGUUCGGGACUCAGUCAGUAUGUCGCCGUGGCGGCUCCACCAAUGUGCUCGGACUGGUAUCUUUUUUGCUACUGUAUCGGCCCAUCGGAGGCCCAGAGCCUCUCCUCAAGCAAUACCUGCAACGCCAUCUGCCGAGGCAACCUGGUGUGUGGGUCCUGCUAUGACUCCACCGCCUUCACAAUCUACCAGAUUCAAAGCCAGCCACUACCAACCACCACCACAACAACAAUAGCCACAACCACAACCACCAGUAAACCCGCGGACACCUCUGCCGCAUCUUCCCUGCCAGCUUCGUCGCAGAUCCCGGCCGCAUCUUCCUCUAUGACAGCAUCUGCUCUGACCAACACUGCCACAAUGCCAUCGGAUAGCUCUCUGUCCUCUCCUACCGCCACCUCAUCUGCUGAUAAUUCUACCGGUGCAAUUUCGCAUCCUCAAACUCCGACUAUGAUCCCCAUUGCUACUCCGAUGCCGCCCUCAGUCUCCAGCCUCUCUGGCUCGCCAUCGGACCCAAGUGGCGGAAAUUCGGGAACAAGUCUCAAUCCAGCUGUCAGUCUCACAAUCAUCCUCGUUGCAUCCCUCUCAGCCAUCAUAUGCAUCGGAAUUGUCGGCCUAAUCUUCUAUAGAAAUCGAGCAAGGUCAAUAUCCCGAAAGACAACCUCACCCACCCCGCCCCCUCGGGGCGAUGCACCUUCUCCUGGUCCCGGCCGCACCCCUCUAUCGACAUCUGCUCCAGUUGUUCUCGACAUUGAGUCGGCAAAUUCCACCACCCGCCUGCCAACCUGGGUGCCAGCCGAGACGCCGUCCCCAUCGGCAACGUCGGCGCCUUCGUUUGGAGGACAUCCAGAGUCGUCACUUUCAAGCAACGGAGAAACGUCAGUACCAGCCGCUCAGCCGCUUUGCUCAGCACUGUCGGCCGCCUCUCCCACCGCGCCCACGACUGAGAGUCAGCUCCGGCAUGACCAACUCCGUGGCGAUCUCAGCGUAGUUAUGAGCGCAAUCGUACAAGAUGGCCAUCUCGCCCCACCGACAUAUGAAAGCUUGGAUCAGCUCCCUGUCCCAACCCAGUAUUAUGUUGCUAUCAUGGACUUCCACCCAACUCGGCCAGACGAAAUCGAGUUGCGUGUCGCUGACAUUGUUUGCCUCGGGCAAUGUUUCGCGGAUGGAUGGGCGGUUGGCACAAGCCGUCGCACUGGCAAAACAGGGGUUCUUCCGCUUCAAUCAUUGGUCGUAGUUUCGGAUGAGAAGUUGUCCGUUAUUGCCGGGCUUCAAAGCGGCGCUAUGCAUCCAACACAGACAAGCAAUGAAGCCGCACGAAGGCCCACCGUUUCUCCAACUCUGUCCUUGAAUCGUGGUAAUCUGACACAGCAUCGGGGAUCAACAAUUGCCUAUACACCCGAGGAGCUUCUGAGUCGAGGCGUGAUCAAUUUUGAACAAUGCAUAUUACUGAAGGAGCUUCAAAACAAGGAAAAGGCGCUGGAGCUGCAACGACGAGAGCUGGAACUAGUCCAAAAUGAAACAGCAUACCCUGGAGUUUAACGUCGAUCGUCCACCCCACUCCACCCACCCCGCCCCUCCCCACUUUUACUUGCUUCAUAUUUCUGUUUCCUGAAUACAGACUUAUUGCUAUGCGGU